CAAUAAGUAACGUGGUUUGUGCCAAAAGGAUGGACGAACUAUGUCGAAUUUGCAGGUCGCAUUCCGUGACUUUAUUCGGCAUAUUUGACGAGCGCGAGCGUCGCCAAUGGGAGGGGGAAAUGGAACCGAUUCUCGCCGACAUGGUAAUGGCAUGUGCCGACGUAAAGAUCGAACCCGGGGAUGAGCUUCCCCAAAACAUAUGCAUGUCCUGUAUCCUCAAUGCCCAAAGCUCGUAUCGCUUCAAGCGAAGAUGUGAAAGGAGUCACGAGGAAUUUUAUCUGGCGAUUCAAACGCAAUCCCAUCAGGAAUUACUGAGUAUCAAGAUGGAACCCAUGCUGGAUACGAUAGAGUUCGAGGAAGAAAGUUUCAUUGUUGAAGAUAUGUUUGACGCUGAAACGGAAGUCAAGCUGAAGCUGGAGAAGCCAAUAGUUGAACAGAAAUCUCCAAAAAUAGAAGUUGAAGAGAAAAGACAGAAAAGACUGACCUCUGGAGCCCGCAAGCAGCUACAGGAAACUAACAAAGAGGCUUUUAAGUGCGACCUCUGCAUCAAGCAGUUCCAGCGUAAAAGAAAUCUUGAUGAACAUAUGAAAAUUCACACUAGGUCCCACAUUUGCCAAACUUGCGAACAGCGUUUCCUAUUUAAGACGGAUCUUGACGUACACAUGACUGUCCACAAGAGCAAACGACCAUAUCAAUGCCCCCUAUGCAUGAAGAGCUUUGCCACAAGCCAAAAUAGAACCAACCAUAAAUGCCUGCUGGAGGAGGAUCGCCCCUUCAAAUGCACUCACUGCCCGCAAACUUUUGUCCAUAACUACUAUCUCAAGGAGCACAUGCUCAGCCACACCGAGGAGGAAUCUAAUAAGCCUGGCACCGGCCCACACAAGUGCACGCACUGCGAGGUUGGAUUCCACAACAAGACUGCACUAAAAGUCCACACUCUCUCUCACACUGGCGAAAGACCGCACACCUGCGCCUUCUGUGCAUCUUCAUUCCGCUCCAAACAGACUCUAAAAAUCCACAUUCGCAUACAUACGGGGGAAAAGCCCUACAAAUGUCCCGAAUGCCAACACGCCUUUGCCGAUAACAAAAAUCUCUGCAAGCACCGAAGACGCCACACAGACGACCGACCCUACAAGUGUCCCCAUUGCGUGAUGGCCUUCAGGGAGAAGCAUCAUAUGAAACGGCAUGUGCUGCGAAAGCAUCGUACCAGUGAGAAUGAUCAGGAGUGAUUAAAAAAUGAAUUCAGUGAAUAUUGUUGAACAUGAUACAGAUCAGAUGAAAUUUGAUUUUUGAAUUUAUAAGUUGUUA